GGUGGUUACGGAUGGGUGAGAGACAGCUCCUCACCCCUGUCUGCUUACAAGCCUCCUCCUCCCUUUCCCUGGCAGCGUCACACGCUCCCUCCUGCUGCGUCGCCCACUAAGAUCUGAACUAUGAUGCUCUCAACCAGGCAUUUUCUUUACCCAUUUCUUGUAAAACCUCCAGGGCAUUUUCCCUCCCACUACGGCCGGACUUUGCAUCUUUCCACAUGAUAGAUCAACCUGGAAAGUCCUGCGCAGGGCAGGAAGCCCGGGGACCGGAGGCCAUCGCAAGGCAGCCCCAUGGAGACAGGUUUUUCCUGCCGUGAUGUCACCCUCCAAUCUGCACACUCAGCCGCUGAGCCCACUCGGGCCGGGCUGGGAACCGGCAUCCUCCUCCUACACACGCUGCUGUCAGCCGGAGGAAAAGUUGCGCGCGGCGGAGCGGUGCGAGCCGGCACCCCUGGGAACCGGGGCACCCACCGGCCCACGCACACCCCGCGGGGCGCCCCGAAACCGAUGCGGCUCCGAUAGCCGCCAAGGCACGCAGCCAGCCCGGCUUUUGUAGGGGAAGCACACACAAACUCAGUGCCCAUCAGCAGACAUGGCCCAGGAGCAGGCCGGGAUGCUGCUGCCCCCGAGGGAAGCUGCCUGUUUCCAUCACAGCCCCGGGGCUCCCCGGGCACCGGUGGCAUCACAGGUUUUCCGAUGGAGGCCCCAGCUCCGGAGCUGAGUCAGCGUCUGAAGGCAAUGUGUGGGUGGAGGCACCCAGGAGGCCCCGGGGGACCUGUCUGGGGAUGAUGUGACAGACAGGGACUGUCCUGGGAUUUCCCACAGAGGGACACUGGGGAGCUGCGAGGACUGAGAGCUGCCGUCUGUGCUCCUGCUCCCCACUGCCUCUGGGCGCCGCGCUGGGCACCGCGUCCCUCUGGGGCAGCCUCCUGCUCGCUGCCGGCCUCGCCCUCCGCCCAGCACCGCCAAUCUGCAACUGCUCGGAGCCCAUGGACUACCAGGCUUUCCGGGAGGCUCCGCUCCCUGAGAGCUGCUGCCUCAACUUCACCAGCUCCAACAUCACCCACCUAGACUGGGGUGCACUGGUGGGGGUGCAGGGGCUGCGGGAGCUCUACCUCUCCCACUGCAGCAUCACGGCCAUCAGCAACGCACAGGGAGUCCCUCCUGCCUUGGAAAUCUUACACUUAAGUCACAACCUGCUGGAAAGUCUCCCUGGAAGCUUUCUAGAAAAUGCCCCUAAUUUGAGGGUUCUUUAUUUGGACAGCAAUCAGCUUCAGGAGCUACCCAGGUCCUUCCUGAAAGCGUCUUCCCAGGUCCAGGAGGUCUACCUGGGCUUCAACGCUCUCACCUUUCUUCCUGCCAGCCUCCUGAAACCAUCUCUGCUCCAGCUUCAGCUCUCCAACAACAGCUGGGACUGCAGCUGUGCUUUGCUGACCAACCUGGAGGGUUGGUCCAGCCAGGCUGCUGAGGUUAUCUGCCACACACCAGAGCACUACCACGGUGUGGGGCUCCAGAGCAUCCCCCGGGAUGAGCUGUGCCGCUCACACGGCCUCACCGCCCUCUUCAUCUGCCUGCCCCCUCUCCUCAUCCUCACCAGCAUCACUUGGUGCUUCUGCCGGCAGAAGAAAAAGACCAACUACAGCCUUCAGGGCAGGUCCCAGAGCCACCGGGCCACGGCAGAGAGGAGCAACGUGCCAGUGUCUGCAGAGCCUCACCACUACAUCCCCUAUGAGCUGCCUGCUGCUCCCUCCAAGACCGAGAAGAAAGUGCUGCUGGGGAAGCAGGUCGUGCUCCAGCCCUUCGUGGAUCCACUGGAGAGUGGCAGAGACAUCUAUGAGGAGGUGGAGAUCCAGGUGGGAUCCCCCAGCAGUUCCCAGGUGCCAUCCCAUGAAGGGCAGCUGGGCACCCCAGCACCAAGGGCGGAGGAGCUGGGCAGUGAGCCAGAGGUGGACACUGUCAGCGUGAGUGAAGUCCUGAAGGACUCUGCUGACCGGGAGAAGAUCUACAUGAGUCACACAACCAGCUAUUACAACCUGGUACCCGGCAUCGAGCUGGAGGACUCAGACAACCUGGAGUACGAGACCAUCGACCUGCACUGAUGCCAGGACUUGGGCUGUGUCUGGACACACCAGUAGGAUGGCAGGGGCUGGGCAGGAGUGAAAGCCACCAGAGCAGGGGAGGCAUGAGUUGUCCUGCCGUGGCUGACAGUGGCUGUUUGCAAAGCUGCACCCCCAAAUACCCAUCCCUUCCCCUGUGCUAUCGUGUGAAUCCCUCGCUUGCCAUGUGCUGCAGCUGGGCAAGGCUGCAAGGGUGCUUCAGGCUCUGGAGACCCUACCACAGGCUGGUGGUGCCUGAGGAAGGACAUGCAGGGAAGGUGGGGGCUGGUUUUGGGGAUCAAGUGAUGAUGCUGUGAGUGUCAGACUCACUGACCAGAGCUUCUUCUCUUGUUGGAGCCAGAUGGUGUCUGGCACAGACGUGCUGCUCUCCAACCUGCACAGAACACGGUCUGGAGAAUUAAACAGGGCUGGCCCUGCCUGUGUGGUGUGCAGGGGGUGUCACGUUUGGAUGGGGUGCCCUGGGCCUGUCAGGGGAAGCCUGUGGUGGCUCUGCCUGCUGCCCACCCCACACCCCACAGUGGCAUAGGGACUUGAAACAGUCAAUGCACAUGUGCUGCUUCAUGGUGUGUGUGUGUGCACACUUAUGGGAGUGGGUGUGUGACGUGCACACACAGAGUGUGCAUCAAACAAGGGGCAUCAGGCCCCUUGCAGACAGCUUUGUAGGAUCCAGCUCUCAGUAAGAAAUAUAUCAUUUUACUCCUGGCA